AUGGCCGUCGAUUACAGGAAUGGAGUUGCGAUAUUCAGUCUAAUCGUCUACCUCCCUUGCUUCUUCGUCGCCGUUUAUGUUGCCCUUCGACAUGGCUUCGCCAAGGCAGCGGGAUGGUACUUCCUUGUCAUGCUCUCCUUGGUCCGUAUUGUCGGCGCAUGCUUGGAGUUAGCAACCAUAGCAAACCCGUCUGAAGGGCUUUUCACGGGCGCAGCAGUGUGUAACUCUGUCGGGGUAUCACCAUUAAUCCUAGCCUGCAUCGGCCUCAUUAACAGAGCGAACAAUUCCAUAAUAAACAGAGGCAAGAAGGGAGUUCCGCCCAUUGUAUUCCGUGUGAUCGGGGUUCUGGUACUGGUUGGCCUUAUUCUCGCCAUUGUCGGCAUCACCAACCGGAAUGAUGGCGACAUGCCAUACACGCCAUCCGUCGAAAGCAAAGCCGCUAUCUGCAUCACUCUCGGGGUCUGGGUUAUUACCAUUGGUGCAGUCUUUAUCAUCAACGCCAACAAGCAAUAUCUUCCCGACGGCGAAAAGAAACUCUUGCUUGCCAUUGCAAUCUCUCUCCCUUUCAUCCUCGUCCGCUUGUUGUACAGCUUCAUCAGCGCCUUUAGCCGCAGUCCCAAGUUUAGCAUUGUUUCUGGAGAUGUUACAAUCUACUUGCUCAUGGCUGUACUAGAGGAAAUGGUCGUUGUUAUUACCUUCAUUGCUGUUGGGGUUACCUUACAACAAGACGGAACCGCAGCUUAUAAGGGCGAGUCUGGAUCUGACGAGGAAGAGAUGAGAUUUUACCCAGAAGGACGUGAUACUCAGUAUGGACAAAGUGUUCCUGCUCCUUACAGCCGUUGA